CCAUCCCAGCACCCUACCAACCACCAUGGCGUCUCCGGUACCCUCAAUGAGCGCAUUACGUGCGCUGCGCCGAUCAAUUCAGCCUCAAAUACAACAGAAAAAUCAAGUGCGACACGCGACACUGCUCCGCCGACCGAAGCGACCGUAUACCUUCACACAACUCAUAACCCUCUCCGACGGAAGCGCCUUCACUGUGCGAACAACGAACCCCCAACCCGUCUACAAGAGCGCAAAAGACAUCCGCAAUUCGCCGCUAUGGAAUCCCAGUUCGCAGAAGCUAUUAAAUGUAGAAGAGGAUGAGGCUGGAAAAUUGGCUGCUUUCCGAGCCAAAUUUGGGCGGGGAUGGGAUGCCGAGACCGACGCCGACAAGGGCAAGCAGACAGAAGAUCAUCUUUUGGACCUCAUCAGCCGCCAGGGCAAGAAGACAGCAGCGCCACCGACAGAUGCUACCAAGGCCCCGCCUGCAAAAGCGCCGGCAUCAGCCCCAGCAAAGCCAGCGGGAAAGAAAUGAGGGAAUGGUGUGUUUUGGAUGGAUUGGCAUUAUGUAUAUGCCAAGGCACUUUUGUACAGUAAGCCACAACAAGAUGGUGAAUUCUAUAAAGCAUCUCAACAAUAUAUCUUCCCUUGCAUCACAA